GGUGGCGGAAAAUUCAAAAUUCGUCGACCUCAUACUCAUAGCCUACUCAUAGGCCUUGUUUAUGUACCGAUUGGUGUUGGCCUAAAUGUUUGUAACUUCACACCAUUGAAGAUGGAUGUUACUGAUGAAAAUAAACCUGACCACUGUUCCAAGCUUCAAGUGAUACAUAGGACAUCAAGUCAAUCACCAUUAAAACCUGUAAAUGAUGAUAGACGCCUAUCAAAUACUCAGGGUAUGAGUUCAUCACCUGCUAAGAAGACUCCAAUUACUUCCCCAUACAAAUGUAUUAGAGAACUGGACUCAGCUGAAAGAUGGAUAGAGCGAACAAGUGUUGUUACAAAGCAAGAUCACAUGCAAAAUCUAGAAAAUGCACGGUUGAUUUUGUUGGAUAUUAUUGGUGACUUACCAGUAGAAAAUCUUCCAAAUGAAAGGAUGACUAGUGAUGAAGUAAGCAGUAAAAAAGAAAAAGAUGCUGUAUGUCAAAUAAACAGAAAAGAGCCACCAAAGAUUUUACAAGAAGUUGAUGAAUUGGCAGAUUUGUUGUGUGGCCUGGACAUAGCACAUGGGCUAUCCUUUACAAAUUCACCAUCUAAAGCGUUUGAUGAUAAUGCAGCUCUUCAGUUCAAGAAUAAUGCCUGCUUUGAUCAGGUACAUACUGUUUCCUCAGAAUCCAAUACAGAAUUUAAAAUGCAAUCAAAUGAAAAUGCAGAAAAUACUGUCAAACAAGGGAUUGAGAUGAUUGAAAAUUUAAUUUUUGAUUCUUCUAAUACACAGACCCUUUACUCACCUACUAAUAAACAUAUUUUAGUAUCAGAAUUAUCAGAUGUGGAAUUUAUGAAAACACCAAGCAUUUCAACAAAAAAGAAACUUGAUACAAUACAAACAGAAUUUCAGCCUCUUAAUUCUCCUACUGCUGAAAAACUAAUACCACUAUCUGCAGUUAAUGAUGAAUCAGUUGUAGAGACUGUUGUUGACACAUUAGAAUACAAAUUUCAGCUUCCAGAUUCUCCUACAGUUAAAAAAACAACACAGACUUCACUUGAUGAUGAACUGAUUGUAGAGACUGUUGCAGACCCUACUGAUCCAUUCCAAACCAAAUUUCAGCUUCCUAAUUCUCCUCCUGUUGAAAAAUGUAAUGCUACACCAACAAAAGAACUUAAAGAUGAUGAUAAAUUUACUUUAAAGACUGCCACUGUCAGCAGUGAUCCUUUCAAAACACAAUUUCAGCUACCUAAUUCACCCUCAGCUGACAAACCAGUUUCACAAGCAACAGUUGGUGAUGAAUUAGCUGUCGAAAAGUCCACUGAUCCAUUCAAAACAAAAUUUCACUUACCUAAUUCUCCUUCUGUUGAAAAGGAAAUACAACCUACAGUUGAUGAAUUUGUCAAAGAGAAGGCUACAGAUCCAUUCACAACCAAAUUUCAGUUACCUAAUUCUCCUUCUGUUGACAAAGCAGUUUCACAAGCAACAGUUAAUGAUGAAUUAGCUGUAGAAAAGUCUACUGAUCCAUUCAAAACAAAAUUUCAGUUACCUAAUUCUCCUUCUGUUGACAAAGCAGUUUCACAAGCAACAGUUAAUGAUGAAUUAGCUGUAGAAAAGUCUACUGAUCCAUUCAAAACAAAAUUUCAGUUACCUAAUUCUCCUUCCGUUGAAAAGAAAAUACAACCUACAGUUGAUGAAUUUGUCAAAGAGAAGGCUACAGAUCCAUUCACAACCAAAUUUCAGUUACCUAAUUCUCCUUCUGUUGACAAAGCAGUUUCACAAGCAACAGUUAAUGAUGAAUUAGCUGUAGAAAAGUCUACUGAUCCAUUCAAAACAAAAUUUCAGUUACCUAAUUCUCCUUCUGUUGACAAAGCAGUUUCACAAGCAACAGUUAAUGAUGAAUUAGCUGUAGAAAAGUCUACUGAUCCAUUCAAAACAAAAUUUCAGUUACCUAAUUCUCCUUCCGUUGAAAAGAAAAUACAACCUACAGUUGAUGAAUUUGUCAAAGAGAAGGCUACAGAUCCAUUCACAACCAAAUUUCAGUUACCUAAUUCUCCUUCUGUUGACAAAGCAGUUUCACAAGCAACAGUUAAUGAUGAAUUAGCUGUAGAAAAGUCUACUGAUCCAUUCAAAACAAAAUUUCAGUUACCUAAUUCUCCUUCUGUUGAAAAGGAAGUACAACCUACAGUUGAUGAAUUUGUCAAAGAGAAGGCUACAGAUCCAUUCACAACCAAAUUUCAGUUACCUACUUCUCCUUCUGUUGACAAAGCAGUUUCACAAGCAACAGUUGGUGAUGAAUUAGCUGUAGAAAAGUCUACUCAUCCAUUCAAAACUAAAUUUCAGUUACCUAAUUCACCCUCUCUUGACAAACAAAUACAGUUGGCAGUUGAUGAUGAAUUUCUUUCAGAGGUCACUGACCCAUUCAAAACAAAAUUCCAACUACCUAAUUCUCCUUCUGUUGAAAAGGAAAUACAACCUACAUUUGAAGACUUUGUCGUAGAGAAGGCUACAGAUCCAUUUACAACCAAAUUUCAGUUACCUAAUUCUCCUUCUGUCGACAAACCAGUUUUACAAGCAACAGUUGGUGAUGAAUUAGCUGUAGAAAAGUCUACUGAUCCAUUUAAAACAAAAUCUCAGUUACCUAAUUCUUCUAUUGACAAAGCAGUUUCACAACCAACAGAUGAUGAUGAAUUAGCUGUAGAAAAGUCUACUGAUCCAUUCAAAACAAAAUUUCAGUUACCUAAUUCUCCUUCUGUUGAAAAGGAAAUACAACCUACAGUUGAUGAAUUUGUCAUAGAGACGGCUACAGAUCCAUUCAAAACUAAAUCUCAGUUACCUAAUUCUCCUUCUGUUGACAAAGCAGUUUCACAAGCAACAGUUGAUGAUGAAUCAGUUAAGCCUACUAAUCCAUUCAGUGGUAAAGCCCAACUUUCUAACUCUCCUAGGUUAGAUUCAUUAAAGCCAUUUGCACGUAAUGACAAACUGCAAACAGAAAAUCUGGUGAUUGCACAUACUGGUUUGCAUGAAACUGAUCAAAACAAAUGUUUACAGGAUUCCACCUCUGGUUACAAUUUACUUAAAGAAAUGAAUUUAAACCCAGUUGUUGCUUCUGAUGCUCCACACAUAAAAGCAGAUAGCUCUUCCUGUGGAUUAGUAGGUCAACCCUGUCUUAAUAUUUCUAAAAACAAAUCAGUGGAUUUUACCAAUGGAGUCCUGGAAUCAGAUUUAAACACAUUUAAAGAUUUUUCAAUUAAAGAUUUAUCUAAAGAAGAAAGUCAGGUCAUACCUCAUGAACAAGCUGCAGUUGAGAAAACACCGGUAGAAGAUAACCUCUUAACUGCUGAAAGUCAAGUACUCAAUUUAGAAGUAAAACAUGCAAAUGAGGACAAUACUGACUUCGAGAAUGAUGAAAAUUUUAUACCAGCUACUGAAGCCUUCAACAACCCUGAAUUUUUUGACAUGCUUGAGAAGUCUUCAAAUAUUAAGGGACCAAACUCAAAAAGAGGCUCUGUACUACUGAAAUUUGAUCCACUACAAGAGAGGAGGGAGUCUUUACUAUCUAAACCAUUGUGUUCUAGUCCAGGUCCCAUACAUAAACCACCUAGAGUUUCUGAUGUAUUUAAAGACUCUAAAGCUCUUGGAUUAAGCUUUGUAGAUGACAGUGUCUGUUUGUUUGGCACUCCUCCGCGCGUUGCUAGAAGGCGGACAUUAACUCGGCGUGUGUACAACAACAGAGUUCAGUCGAUUGAGGAGGAAAGUGCAGCUAAUGAAGUGGAUAUGAUUUUUGGUAUAGAUGAAGACUGUGAUGGAAUGGAUACGAUAGUUCAUGAAAACUUGAUACCAGGAAGUAAAGGUGCAGUUCUUGUUGAUGUUGGUGAGCCGUGUACCUACACAGAAAGUGAGGUAAAACGAAUACGUGCUGAUCUUACCAUGCACUUUCAAGAACUUAUUUUAAAGAAGGAUAAAGAAUUUCAGGAAAAGCUUAAAGUGCAAGAAGAUGAAGCAAACAAAGAAAAGGCUCAGCUUAAAGCUGAUAGUGAUGGCCUAAAGAACAAAGUAAAAAAUCUUCAAGGAAAACUUAGGAGUCUAAAUGAAGUCAUGAAAGAAUACACAGACAUAAUUUCUCAAGUAACUGCUGAGAAGAAAAAAGUAACAGCAGAGCAAGAAAAAUUGACAAUUGAGCUAGCAGAAUUACAAAAGUAUAAUAGCCAGGUUCUGGAUGACAAUAAGACACUAGAGAAGUCAUUUGAUGAUCUUUUUCACAGAUAUGAAAAGUUAAAACAGACUCUAGAAAAAGCUGCUGAGAAUGAAAAAAUAUUGAAACAAGCAGUUGAAAGUGCUCAAGAAAAAUUUAAAUCAAGCAAAGAGACAGCCAAAAAAAUUAAAGAAAUGGCUGAAACAAAGAUAGCAGAACAAGAGGACAAAUAUGAGAAACUGACAACUUCAACCAAGUCUGAAAUCACUAGACUAGAAGCAGCUCUAAAAAUGAAAGAAAUGCAAAUUCAGGGACUUGAAUCCACCUUGGAACAAAAGAGAAAAGAAAACAAGGAACUAACUGAUUUGUGUGAUUCAUUAAUCAACAAAGUUUCAUGAAAAUAUACUUUAUACAAAUAACAAUGUGAAAAUGCUGUAAAAUUGAAAAAUUCAACUGUUAUUCUGGUCUUUGUUCAUUAUUUCUUCAUUUAUAUUAUUUACUAAAAUGUUCCCUGGAAAAAUUAUUGUAAUCUUCAAAAUUCUAUUACUUUUUGCUAAAAUGCAAAAUCAUAAAUAAGGUAAUUAUUUAUUAGUUUACUUUAAUUAUUUAAAGUUAUAUAAGGAUUUUUUUUUAACAACUUUAAAUUGUAUAUUUGGCUGUGUUUAUUUUUCUAUAGCUUACUGCCUUUUUAAAAAGAUGCUGUAUGUAAAUUACAAGUAUUUGAAAAAAAGUUUUGCUAUUAUUUUUCAGACAUAAAAAACUUUUUCAUUAAUAAGAUAUUUACAUGUUUGUUUGUUUUUUUUUUCAAAAAAACAAACAAACAAUUAGCUAUACUCAAAGGUUACAUAUUGUAUGAUUUAAUGCUUGUUUCUUUUUUUAUUUGUCCAUGUGGUGAAUUUUUAUUUUCCUCAUUUUAUUAUGACCCUACAUUAUUGAGUCAGAUUUGUACUUAAAGCUGCUAGUGCUAGAGCUGAUUUUUAUUUAAUUUAAUAUUCAGAUGUACUCAACAUUUUUUUAAGCAUAUUAAAAUGCUUAGUCAUAUGUCACUUGGUAAAUUAGAUAGAUAAUAACCUGUUAUUAGUCAAAUUGGUUGAGUUUUCACCACUUUAAAAUCUACUGAAGGAAAAACUUACAAUUAAAGAGCUUUAGGUGCUUAGUUCAGAUGUUUAAAAUGUCUAACGAUCUUAUGAAUAUUAAAACUAUACAUAUUGACUUAAUAGCAUGUAAAUAAAAUUUAAAGAUCUGA